GCGCCAGCAGAGCGGAGACGCACGCAGAGGGAGGCGGGCGACGGGAGCGCAGCGGAGCCGGGAGGAGGAGACCCAAGCGGGGGAAAGCGCCUCUUUCGAGGCUUGGGGGAUUCCGGAUCUGAGAGUGAAAUACAUACGAAGGGUGGGGAGCCGAGUCUCGGGGAAAUUGUGGGAGUACCGUAACCGCUGGAGGAGGAUGCAGCCCGGCUCGGCGCGCCGCGCAGUCCGCCUCCGACGCUGCUGAUGCCCGCCGUACGGAGACCGGCAGCGGCGGCAGCAGCAGCAGCAGGCGGAGGAGGAGGAGGAGGAGGAGGAGGAGGAGGAGGGCUACAGGGGACGACAGGGCGGCGGGGUGGCCGAUGAUGAGGGUGGCGGUCAGGUCGGGAUCAUGGCGAACGGAACCGGUACGAUCAUGCUGAAGUGCGUCGUGGUGGGAGACGGCGCGGUGGGCAAGACGUGUCUCCUGAUGAGCUACGCCAACGACGCCUUUCCCGAGGAGUACGUCCCCACGGUGUUUGAUCAUUAUGCAGUGAGCGUCAACGUCGGAGGGAAGCAGUACUUGCUGGGACUGUACGACACAGCUGGUCAGGAGGACUAUGACCGCCUGAGGCCGCUGUCCUACCCCAUGACCGAUGUCUUCCUCAUCUGCUUCUCGGUGGUCAACCCGGCCAGUUUCCAGAAUGUGCGAGAGGAGUGGGUGCCCGAGCUGCAGGAGUACGCUCCCAGCGUCCCCUACCUGCUGAUUGGAACCCAGAUUGACCUUCGCGACGACCCCAAGACGAUCGCCAAACUGAACGACAUGAAGGAGAAGCCCAUUGCCACAGAGCAGGGACAGAAACUGGCAAAGGAGAUCGGCGCUUGUUGCUACAUGGAAUGUUCCGCCUUGACCCAGAAGGGCCUGAAGACGGUGUUCGACGAGGCCAUCAUCGCCAUCCUGGCCCCCAAGCGAAAGAAGGGAUCCCUGAAGAGGAGGCUGGGGCCCCGCUGCAUCAACUGCUGUCUGAUUACGUGAUGCACAAACUGAGCACGUCACACCACCAAAACCAAACCUGGACUGGAGGCGAAACAUGGGGCAAAAAACAAACAAGCAAACAAAAAAAAAAGGGCCUAAAGAGAGGACAGAACAAGAGCUACUUUUUACGCUGCACAGCUCUUGAAAGGCCCAAAAUCUUCUUGCUCCAGCUCCAGUGGCUUGAAGAUGCAGUUUACUACCAAAGGAGCACAAAAGCCCAAGUCAGUUCCUUCUUCUGAUAGACUUUUGCCUCAAAAGUACCUUCUUUUAUAACCAUUUUUAAUCAUUUUUUUUCCUGUACAAUGUUGUUGUAUGCUGUCAUACGAAAAAACUCAUGUUUCAGUUUGAAGAGAAAUACUACAUUUUAAAGAGUUAAUAGUAUUUCUGGUUUUUGGAUUAACGGAUGAUCCAUUUGUGAACCUCUCGCUGCAAGAUCACACGAAGAGAGAAGAAAAUGCUGCAGCUGAUGAGCAACGAGAGGCUGACUCCAGCGUCACUGUGUUUCUUCAAAAACUUGAGCCCAAAAUGUCCGUCUCUCGAUUCUUCAUCGUGUGAAGACCUGAAAAUGAAACCCACACUCGACAGUACUGAAUUGUCACUGGGACGACGACUUUUUCGGACCUAGAAAUGUAUCAUUUUAAAGCAGGGGUGUCAAACAUAAAGCCCGCAGGCCAGGCUCCAGCCUGGCAGAGGGUCCGCUCCGGCCCGCUGGCCGUGCUGCCAUAAUGUACGAAUUUAAAAAAGCACCAUCUUAUGUUUGUUUUUGGGUUUUUUUUCUGUACAAGCAGCUGCUGUUUUAAACUUAUUCAGUGUGGAUCACAAUGUUUGGAACAAAGAAAAGUUGACAAAGCAGUACCUGAGCGGAACAGCAGGAUUACUCAUUGAUAGCAAAGUAGCAUUAGCGUCACAUGUUCUGAAUUCUGCAGAAAAAAAAAGAUAUGGCAAAAGGAUUUCAGAUCUUUCAUCACAUCUGGAUGCAAAAAGAGCCUAAUUUACUAAGACAGUGCAUGAAACGUGUUUCUUUUUAAUGGGCUUUUAGUUUGCAUGAGAUGCUGUGCUGUGACUUGUUCACUCCGGAGUGAACUGGGCUGGAGUGAGUUUGACACCCCUGUUACAAAGUCUGGUUUUCUUGCCUUAUGGAAACUCCAUUGUUUUAUGGUGUGGCAUGCCAAAACAUAUUGUAAGUUAAUAUGGAGGCUGAUUCCUUCAUGAAGAAUGGGAGAGGAUUACUAUCCAUUUUUUUAAAAAAAAGAAACUA